AUGACUCCCACCUCUACAGUUGAACAAACCACCUUAACAACAGCUGGCCCUUACAACCAAACUACAGAUUCAACAGCUUCAUCACAAACUGAAUCCUUCUCCACGUCUGUCACAUCGGCUGAGGCAACAUCAACCACUAUCAUAACACCUAGCACCAGCAGCAUUGCCCCAACCGAUGCCAGUACUGAAUUUCCCACCACUGACUUUGAGAGCAAUACCCAAACCGAGACCACUGCCCAGACGGACACCGCCAGCACUACCCAAACCGACACCACUGCCGGGACGGACACCACUGACCUCACCAGUGCUGCCCAGACGAACACCGCCAGCCCUGACCAAACCGACACCGCCGGCACUGCCACCACUGCAACCACUGCCCAACCAACCAGCAACACCACCACCAUUGUCCAAACAACCAGCAACACCACCACCAUUGUCCAAACAACCAGCAACACCACCAGCAACACCACCAUCAUUGUCCAAACAACCAGCAACACCAGCAACACCACCAGCACCACCCCCACCCCCGCCCCCACCAAUAACACCAGCACCGCCCCCACCCCCGCCCCCACCACGACCACUAGCACCGCCCCCACCCCUACCCCCACCUCUACAGCCGCCCAGACCACCACCAGCACCACCAAAACAACCACACUGGUUGCUGAGCCACACAAGUCCAAGGCUCUGAGUUCAGGAAGUGUUGCAGUCAUUGUAUGUGUGUUCAUCAUAGCUGUUGUUAUGGUGUUCGUUGGGCUAUACUACUACAGGAUCAGACGGUCAUCCUACGGCCCUCUCAUGGACAACACUGACAUUGAUACUAUAGGAAACUUCACCAACCCCAUGUAUGACCCUUAGGUCUGAACUUUGGACGUCUGACACUAGCGAUGACCCCAAAAACCCAAAGUCCUCAAGUCUGCAGAAAGAGCCAAUCUAAUCAAGAGUGUUUAAAGUGUGUGUAAUUAGUUCGGGGCAGUCAGGUUUACAAAUGUGACAUGUGGCCUGAUAGCUUGAUUGCACUCAGUUGGAAAAUGGAAGUAAUUGUGACUGUAUUUUCUUUCUUCUUCUGUACAAGUAGCCCAGGAAACAUGAAAGCAGAUAUAAUUGCAGUUUUACUCAGGUCAAUAGAGAUCAGAGAGAAUCUCACUUGAUAGUUUCAUAAAAAAGGAGUGGAUUAUAUGAGCCAGGAUCUUUUUACAGUGGAGAAAAACAUAAAAGAAGGACCAAAAGAUAACUCUAAGCAUCUAAAAAAUGAAUACAUGAAAAUUCCAAGAUCCACCCUUAG